AUGGUGCCCUUACUGCUGUUACUACUGCUGCCUGAAGCGCUGUCUGACCAAGUUUGCCUCAACAUUUCAGAUGGUGAAAUUACCAUUCGCAUUAAUGCUACUGACAUUGUUGAGAAGCGACCUGGUAACCUGAAUUGCUCGGUGGAUAACUGUCCCUGCCACAUUCAGUGCAUGUUCAGCAACCUGACGGAGUUGCGCAAUGUAUCGUCUGUUUGCUUAGACUCUGAGGUGGAACAUGGUCCUCAAAUGGUGGAGUACAAAAUAACAGACUAUAGCACUUGCAGUCUACACUUAUGCACCAACAUAAGCAUCUUGCCAGCCAUUGGUUCGCUGGAAAGUGACAGCUCUGACCAGUCAGGAAUGAAGCGUCUCCUCCUCAUAAGGAAUUCAUGUCAAAACCUCUUCAGUAGUGACUUUCAAGUCAAGAAAGCCUUUAUAAGAAUGGAAAGACAGAUGAUCCAUAAAAUCAUGGAAACAUCCCACCCUGAUUCUGGAGGUUUCAUAAACUACAGCAUGCAGGAAUUGUCGCUGAAUGUAUUCAACAUCAGUGAGGCUCAACUUGACUCCAGCAACUCCAGGAUCCAGUUAGAGGCUCCACAGCUGCUGCCCGAGAACAUGUCAUAUAUCCCUGACAUUUGGCUGCCUGCACAUGCUCUGCACAAUAUCCCAAAGGACGAGAGGAUCAUUGGUUUGGUCAGCUACACUCAACACAGCCAGUUCCAGUUUGAUAAGGAAAAAAUCUCAUCGAUGGUUGUCAGGAUAGAGCAGCUGGGCACAAAACACCUUCAUAAUCUGAGGACGCCAAUCAAGAUGACCUUCAGAAUUCCUCCAAACACAGAUAUGGGAAAUGAAUCAAGGUUACAGUGUUACUAUUUUGAUGAAAAUGAUGGUUGUGAAAGUUAA